CUUCCACGGUGUACUGUGAUCAUGAUGUGUACGGAUGACUAGUUCGUGGAGCAUUUAAAAGAACAGCUGUAGGGGAAAAACCGUCCAUGCAGAUCCCUGUACAAAGCCAGCGCAUAGCCAGAGUGACUGUGUGUACGCUGCUGAAAUAAUGCAGACAGGAAACGGCUACUGUUUGAAUAAUCUCACACAACGCAGAUGUGAGUUGUUGUCGGCAGUGUGAACACAUGUGACGGAGCCUCAUCGGGGAUAGCCAGUUUAUUUGUGUGUGCGAACAGGAACUACAAGGUCUAGUGUGUACUUUGUCGUAAGCCCCACCAUGCAGACACACUGGAUGCCUGUAAUGAACACAUUAUGAUCGUGUUCGGAGGAUUUUGUUGAUAACUUUUACCAUUAUGCACUAAGCCGUCAGUUCCUGCUCAACCUGAACUUUCUAAGCCAAAGUUCUUUCAAUGCUUCAAGUGGUUUCAUUGUAUGGAGGCGCUAACGUAACCAACACUUCUCAUCAUAGCAGCCUUAUCUUAGCUUCUUCUAACCCAGAGCUGAAACUAUCAGUACUAAAGAAACCGCUCGUCGACUGUACCAAGACAAAUUUCUACUUUUAAAACUAUUAAAGUGAAAACCCUAGCCUGGUUCUCCUCUCAGCAUCUUAUGAACUAAUCCAACCAUCAUGAGGAUUCACAAGCAAAGGAUACUGCGCUACCUCAUCUUUAUAUUUCUGCUGUUUUUCUUCGGGACAUUACUGAUCAGACGAGGAACGGAGGACUUUAAUGAUGAGAGUCACCCAGGAGACAGCGUCAGGGAGAGGAAAGGACACGGAGAAAGCCUCGGGGAGGCUGAAGUUUUACAAAAAGACAGUUUAUUACCAAAGGUUAACCAGCAGCAAGAAAAGCAAGAAAGUCCAGCCGUGGGUGGCAGACAAUUUCAGAAAUUUGUCGUCGGCGAACAAUCAUUGAAAAAGAAAGAUUGGCACAACUACGAGAGACUUGAUGCAGAGAAACUAAGAAUAGGUCCAGGAGAGCACGGCAAGGGAGUAGUAAUGACACCAGACUUGAAGAGAACACAGAAAGCCGACACAGCGGCCAAUGGAUUCAAUGAGAGGGUCAGCGAUAUGAUUUCAUUGGACCGAUCCCUGAAAGACAUCAGAAACCCAAGGUGUAAAGAGAUUCAAUAUCUGGAGAAGUUGCCCAAUGCAAGCGUCGUGAUUCCAUUUCACAACGAGGCCUUGUCCACACUGAAGCGUACUGUACACAGCGUCUUCAACCAAUCACCUCCUGAGCUGAUACACGAGAUCAUCUUAGUGGAUGACUACAGCGAUAGAGCUUACCUCAAGGAACCAUUAGAAGACUACAUGAAGCAAUUCUCCAAAGUCAAAAUUCUACGAAUGCCAAAACGAGAGGGUUUAAUACGAACCCGACUCUAUGGUGGUGAGCGUGCAACCGGAGAAGUUUUAAUCUACCUGGAUUCUCAUUGCGAAGCAAACAUUAACUGGUUACCUCCCUUAUUAGAGCGGAUUGCCCUUAACCGCAAGUGCAUCGCCUGUCCCAUGAUUGACGUCAUCGGCAAUGAGGACUUCCACUAUGAGUCACAGGCAGGUGAUGUCAUGAGGGGAGCCUUUGAUUGGGAGCUGUACUAUAAAAGGAUACCCAUCAAUGCUGAGGAGAUGAAACGCAGACAGUUUGCCACCGAUCCUGUCAGGUCACCGAUCAUGGCCGGCGGUCUGUUCGCCAUCGAUCGCAAGUAUUUCUUUGACGAGCUGGGAGGGUACGACGAGGGCCUGGAGGUGUGGGGCGGGGAGCAGUACGAUCUCUCCUUCAAGGUCUGGAUGUGUGGUGGACUGAUGGAGGAGGUGCCUUGCUCUCGAGUCGGUCAUGUCUACCGCAAGUUUAUGUCGUACACAGUGCCUGGUGGCGGGGGUGUCAUACAUAAGAAUCUGAUGCGAGUUGUCGAAGUCUGGUUCGACGACUGGAAGAAAUACUUUUAUCAACACAAGCCCCACCUGAAGGGUCUUGACUUUGGAGACAUCAGCAAGCAGCUGGCCCGUAAAGAGCGUCUACAGUGUAAAAACUUUACUUAUUUUAUGACGGAGGUCGCUCCGGACAUCCUACAGUACUACCCACCUGUGGAGCCUGAUCCUGGAGCCGUGGGAGCUGUAAAACAUGAAGCGAGUGGCCUGUGCUUAACGUUUAGUCGAGGUCGAAAAUUAGAAAUAGUCGCUGAUACUUGUUCAGUUCAUAAACAAAAUAAAAAAGGAGAUCAGUACUUUUCCUUGACGUGGCAUGAGGACUUUCGACCUGGGGCGAGUGAGAAGCAAUGUGUGGAUUACCCCAGUAGGGAUCCCGGUGGGGAACCUAUAUUAUACCCCUGCCAUGGGGGGAAGGGGAACCAACUCUGGGUAUAUCACGAGGAAUACAAGCUCUUGUACCAUCCCAGCUCGUCACUGUGCCUUACCAUCCUAACCUCUGUUGAAAAAACCCAAAGGAAGAGCCUCUCUAUGGCGUCUUGCUCCACGUCAAACAGCGCCCUCCGGUGGCAGUUUGAUAAGACCUUCCCCAAGGUUCUACAAAAGUUUUCUAAGCAGUAUAAAUUGUCUUUACAUUGAUGGUAGACAACAAAAAUUUGCCUUUAUUUAUUGCUGUCAAGUGUUUCUCCCAAGUGCAUUAUUCAGUUUUUUACUAAAACAUAAUCCUAAUCUUCAGAAAUGUCGUCUUUGUAAGUUCUUUCUUAUUAACGAAGAAUUUAAUAAAUUUUUUAAAGAAUUUUUUAUUCAUGAAUGAUUAUGCUUAAAAAUGUAAGUGUUUGACAAGAAAUGUGCCAACACUGUCACUAUCAAAGGCUCUAGAUAUAAGGGUGUUUGAGCCUUGAACUUUGCUCUUAAAGGGGUACAGCAAUUUUCCUUAGGAAAAUUUCAAUUUGUAUUGCAACUUUGCAAAGACACCUCAGUUAAAUCCCAGGGGCACCACAGCAAUUGCUUUGGGCGCCGUGGGUUAUUUCGAGGUCUUGGUGUUUAUUGUGUUCUAGAUGAAAGUAUUGGUUUAGGGUGACUUCAUCACCUAGGGAUGAAAUGUCAUGAUGCUGCGUGGUACCGACAGACCGUGUAACCUAUGACAUCAUUUUUAUGUUUAGAAUAGAUCUACGGACAGUGCCGAAACUAGGUUGAAAAUUUAUGGGUGGUUUAUGGUGGCGCACUUCUGGCUAAUUAAAACUAGUUUUUGUUUGUAUUUUUUCUAAACGAGCCCCUUUUUCAGCAUUCUCAUAAUUUCAUUUCAUAUUUUUUUGUAAGAAAAAAAAGUACAUUGUCUGCAAGCAAAUGGAAAAAUAGUUUUAAAACCUUGAAAAUACUACGAAUUUUUUCAUACUAAGUAACCUUUUAAUCCAGUAUUCUUUUAAUCUAUAGAGUCCAUGUUUCAAAUGGAGGCACCUGGGGUGGGGAAGACAUCAACGGUGCCCCCUGUGCCCUCUUAGUUGCGGCACUUACCACAUAGCAUGACACUCAUAACAGGCAUGAUUUAUGCGUAGCCCAUUUCGAAGAAUGCAUCAUCCCUGUGAUUUUUAUAGAUUGAUAUGAACGAACAGGGGGUGAAUCUCAUAAAUUUUUUCAGCAGCUAUUUUUUUACAGUUUUUGAUUUUGUGUGAUAAUUCAACUAGUAAAGUGUCUUGCCCGCAAGGAAAUACCCUGGGUUGUUCAGCAAGGUAAUAAGGUCUCUAUUUAGCCAUGCAGUCAUACAGCCAUGCAGUCAUGAAACAGUGACACUGAGUCAUUCUGUUUGGUGACAUACAUGUACAACUCAAAAUUUUUACACUGUCUAUUGGUUGUAAAUGUUUCAGCAUUCACUUUAAUUUGAAUUAUUACAGUUUUUGGUUCUUUCAGGUUUUUGUUAGUUUUUAAAUUAUGUUAUCUAUACAAAAUGCCAAAAGGAGUAGCAAUUAAAUUUCCAAGUGCCAACAAGAGUUUUCUUUUCUUGUGGACAACUUGGGGAUUUUAAGCUAAACUUCUUAGUUCAAGAACAGCUGUGACUUUUUUUAAGCCUUGAAUUUUGAAAAGUGAAAAGGGAAAGAUUUUAUGAAGACUUGUGACUUAAGAAUGACUCAGACCUCUUACUGAAGGUCUGUUUCCUUUCCUUGUUUUCCCAUUCCCCCCGUUUUUUAAGAGAGGAAAAAAUUCCUACCCAGGGGCGUAAACUAUGGCAUUUGCUCCAGGAAGGUUUACGGAAGCAAAUUUAAGCCAUUUGUGAGUAAGAUUUGAAUAAUGUCGCAUCCGAAGAAUGAAGCAAUAACAGUUAAGUGACCCCAUACUCUGCUGAUCAGAAACACCAGAGCAUUAGUCCAAUGGGCUUGACUGUUCGGCCACGACACAGCGACUGCCAUUUCCUUUGAUGGGGCACAUAUAAGUCAGUUUUCAGACUUGCUGACUACAAAUGCUCGUCGAAAGACUGUCUUGCCAAGCAAGCAUUCCUACUGUAUUCUACAAUGUCAAAGCAACAAAUAUUCUUGUAAUUGAAAAUGCUUAAAAGACACACAGCGAAAAUGUUAAUAUUUAAUUUGCCAACUGAGGCUCCAAACGGUGACUGGGACAAACUAUUGGGGGUGUUGAACCUAUCUAGGACCUACUGUUCCCAGUCACUACGCUCUUGGCUUUACCUAAACAAAACAACUCAAAACAAAGUCCCCGAUUGGGUAGUAAAAUACAAAGUCUUUUCAUCAACUGUGAAUCAAUUAUUAAGUGCAAUUUACAAAAUCAACUCAUUUAUUUGUUAAUAUUCAGCGGGGAGCAGCUUUAACGAUUAACAAGGCCAUUUUGAUGGUUGGUCUUUUCUAGAAAAAUAACUAUAUAUAAGAAAUCUAUAUUUUAUUCAUAUCCAUUUAUAAAAAAAAAAAAACUUCACGGUAAUUGACUAAUAUAAUAGUUUAGCAAGAUUAAAACACUGAUGUUAGAGCAUCAACGUCUUAAAUGUAAAAGGGACAUUGAUGAUUUCUUGAUCUUAUCGUUCUUUCUUGAUGUUUAUUCCGUUUCUGAAAAUCGAUUCAAAUAAAGAGCUUGUAUUUUUUGUUUUUGAAUUUGAUAACUUUCUAUUGUAACAACAGCUGAUUUAAAAAAACAACUAUAAGUUUAAAUCAACAACAAUAGAGAGUUGUGGGGUUUUGAUGAAUUCUUUCAAAUAUUUUGUGCAAAAUUUACUUGUCGUUGGUGGUUGAUUGUAUUAUUUAAGGUUUUGUUGUUGGAAUUUUUCAGCAAAUGAGGGGGCCAAUUCACAUUUAAGCAAUUUUGUUUCUUUAGUUGAAACCGUCAUUCAUUUUCAUUGUGAGACAAGCAGAUUUUUAAACUGAACUCAAUAGUGUUGUUUUUUUAACAGUGCAAAAUUAGCAUUCAAGUCAAUAGAGAAGGCGCAAUUAGAGAUUUCUACCAAAAACUGCUGCGAAUUUUGAAUGCUGUGUGGGUGGAUUGUAAAGGUGAAUGUUCAUCGUUGUAAAUCACGUUGAUUCAAGAGAGCACAUGCUUGCACAAUAAAUGAAAUUGAAUGACUGUUGCAAGGAGAUUUCAAAUUUGCUCGAAAUAGAAAAAAUAGCCACUUAUUUGUAAAAAAUGACCGGAAAACUUAUAUUAUUUUUAAUUUAAUUUUUUAGUUAAUAGUUAUUUAAUCACAAAAGUAUUUUUAACCAACUACCAAGUUUUUUCCACUAAAAUUAAAUAUCUUAUGUAAGAAGUACAUUCUAAAUUUAUUUUUCUUCCAACAAUUUUAAUUUGUUUUUGUUUUUAAAUUUUUUGUGUGACUGUUCUAGAAUUGUUAAGUGUAACUGCAAUCAGUACUAGAUAAUACAAGAAACCAAUACAAAGUUUCAGUUGCUCAUGUUUUGGCAAAGUUCUGGCAGUACUUUCAAAUCACAAGUUAUUUUUAAGAAAGCAUUUACUUUGAAGAUUCUGAACUUGAACAUUAGUAAAGAGGGGCUCUUGGGUUGGAUUUGGUUUUGUCAUCAUUGGAUGUAUUUGGAUGAUUCGGGUUCUGAACGGUCAGUUAUGUCCGCUACAAGUGCUGAUGUUGUUUUCUACACAUAUUCAUUUUGUGUUCAGCAGAAUAUUAUCAAGCAAUAUCGAGCUUUAUUAAAUUCGGCCUGGUGCCGGGUGUUGGUGUGUU